UUUAAAAAUAUAUAUAGUGAGUAUUUAAAAAACUUCCAGAUGCUUGAAACUGCAAGUCUGUGGCGCAAAGAGAUGAAUUUUUUGAAGGAAGUUGUGAGUAUUUAAAACAUUUUAGAUUUAUAAGAGCAUGAUUAAUGGAAGUUCUUAAGGUGAGAUUUUUAUCAGAGUAUAAGAAACCGUCUUUUAACUUUUAACUAAAAAAACUAAGAGCCAAUUCUUAGUUUUUUUAAUCAAAAAUUAAGAGACAUUUCUUAUAUUCCGAUAAAAGCCUCACCCUAAGAAACUCUAUUAAUCAUGCUCUAAGUAGAGGAUUUGUUUAUUCGUUCUACAACCUGAUUGCUCUGUGUUACUCAGCUUCCUGGAUUAUCUCCCCUAUUAAUUACUAUAUAUUAUUACUCUGCUGGAACAACUAUAGUUAGCCGCAGUAAAGAAAUGUAAUAGAUGUAUGCGACUGCAGCUGGUUGCAAAAUUACUUUCACUGGAUACAUCAUACAUAUUUAAAGUUUGUACCUCUGGUGUAUUUAUUUAUUACAGAAUCUGCUGGUGCGCCUGAGCAGAUGGAUGUUUCUUCUCAGCAAAAGCCUAGUUCUGAUGAAUCAGAUGGUCAACAUGAUGGUAAGAUGCAGAGAAAAAAAGUUUCUUUAUUUAAGUCAUGAAGUGAGUAUCUCACAGUUUAUGCUUCGGGAAAUAUAUUAGAAACUCCGGCUUCAUCUGAGAAGCAAUAUAGAGCUGCACUGUGAGCAAGUUUGCAGAUAUCAUUUUAAAAGCACGCGAGAAAACGCUUCCACUGGUCCGUAUACUUGUCCUUAGUUUAGCCUAAUCAUUAUUUGUGUAAGAAUCUAUUUUUACUAUUUGUUGUAGCUAGAUGAAUUCUUUUUGAGAUGAUAAGCUAUUAAUCAGUGAGCUUUGACUAGUAGUUUUAUCAAUCUUUGAUUCUGGAAAUAAAGAAUGAACUCAGUGUGGCAAAGACCAUCCAAAACUUGGGGAGUAGGAUGAAAGCGCUUUGAGCCAACCACCUUCUUAGCUUUGAGAUAAGCACAUCCCUUUGCAACUGUUGGUCCCUUCGUAUUUGGUUACCCUAUAAGGGCGUAUCUUUAUUCCUUGGCCUUAAAAUCGAAAACCUCGCAUGAUGACGUGUUGGAGAUCGUUUUGUUAUGUAACACUAAGAUUGUCUUUAUUGUCUAAAUACUUGUCACUGAAACAUGGAAAGAGGGAGGGUUUGAGACCGUCCCAUGGCUGGAUCAUAGUAAUAAUUGGACUUGGCAUCUGAGAUGCAGACAAGCCCGUCCCAACUGCCGGAAACUAUGACACCUUCUUCACCUUGUGGUUCAACGUGAUGAGCAGAGCAUGGAGCUUCAUUAACGUAUAAUGAAGUUCAUAUAAUAGUUAUCCAGAAAAGUAUAAUAAUCAAAUAGAACUAGUUGUUUUCGUGUACCAUGUACAAUAAUAAAAAAUUAAAAUUAUAUUGUAUUUAAAAAUAUUUUUAUUAAUAUUUUAGAUUUUAUUAUUUUAUCAAUAUUUUAAUUUUGAUUUCAUUAAACAUAAAAUUUAAGAUAAAAGAAAAUCUGUUCUUUUUAAUAAUAUUUAUUAAUAAAUAUGUAUAAAUAUAUUUAGAAUUAUAAUUUUGGAUAAAUUUUUUUUCUAUUUUUGGGUUAAAAUAUACUAAACCAAUAGUAAAAAUUAAAAAAGAAAAAUCUUUAGAUAUAAAAAUUGUAAAAUUAUGAAAAAAAUGAACAAAACUAAAUAGUAUUUCUAGAAUUUGUAGAUAUCAAAAAGAAAAUAUUAGGAUUAUGAAUUUAUAAAUUAUAAUUUUUGUAAAAAUUGCAUAAUUUUUUUUAGUUACAAUUUUGAAGAAGAAUAUUUUAAGUAAUAGAAAAUUGUAUAAUUAUUAAAAACAUAUAAUUAAAUAGCAUAUCAAUUUUUUUUUUUAAAUAUUAUUAUAUUUUUACUAUUAUAUUAUUUAAUGCUGAUGAUGCAUAAAUUAAUACCAUAUAUAAAAAAAAUAUCAAAAAUAUAAAUCAACAUUUAAUGUAAUUGUUCAUAUUAGGUUUACCUUAAAAUCACGUCAUAUUUUUUUAAUAAGCCAAGUCGUUUUUUUUUAAUGAAACUGAAUAUGAUGAUGACACUUAAACAAAAUUUAAAAGGUCACUAAAUAGAAGAUUAGCCUGGUAGAUACUACAAUUUAAAAUAAACUCUACAAAAUUAAUUUCCAAAUUGAAAUAGGAAACGUGAAUGACACCCAUUCAUAAGUCAUAACAAGAUUAGGAUUUUAGAGAAUAAUCAUCUUAAAACGUCAUCGGUUUUAGGUGUAAUCCUUCCCCCAACACUUAACCUCUUUUCUCUAAACAAACCUCAACCAUCUCCAUUGGUCAAAUCUUCUCUCGUAAUAUAUCUCAUCUAUAUAUAUACACAGACACACGCAUAGACUUUUAAAGAGCUUCAAGAAGAUAUUUCGUCAGUGAUGGAGACAAUCACGAGUUUGAAGGAUCUGCCAUUCUUCUUCUCAGUCUUCGUCUUCGUCUACCUCCUCGGCUACUUAUACGUCUUCCGUAGAUGGAGCCCAGCGUCUCGCCCCUUAGCCUCCAGCUGCUUAAUCUCCCUCCUCCACGGCGUCUCCGCCGUCUACCUCGCCGCGCGCGCUCUCCUCUCCGACCCCAACCGCGGCUUCUCCUCCCCCAACACUCCGUCCCAAAACUCCGUCCUCGACUUCAGCUCCGCUUACUUCCUCGCCGAUCUCCUCCACCUCGCCGUCUUCCCCUCCCCCGCCGGCGGAGACGCGCUCUUCGCCGCGCACCACGCCGCCGUGCUCUUCGUCUUCCUCACGUGCCGGUAUUUGGUAUCCCACGGCGCGUGCGCUCUCCUCGCGCUCCUCAUCGUCGCCGAGGCCACGAGCGCGUGUCAGAACUCGUGGACACUCGCGGACGCGCGCGGCCCCGACGCUCCUCUCGCGGUGAGUCUGCACCGUUUCGUUACGGUGCCGUUUUACGCGUCGUAUAGUGUUUGCAGGUGCGUUCUCGCGCCGUUGCUUAUCGUUAAGAUGACGUGGUUUUACGUCAGUGGAGGGGCUGAUGACGUCAUACCGAGGUGGGUUUGGGUGUCGUGGACCGUCGUUAUUGUCGUUGCCGUUUCCGUUAGUGUUCUUUGGAUUCGGAAUUUGUGGGUACUAUUCUUCAAAGAAAAAAGAAAUUCUAAAAUUGCUAAAAAGAUUCAAUAAAAAAUGUACUUUUGAUUUUUCCGUAUCUCAGAUUUUUCUCUA